AGUUAGCUUCGAAUCGUUGUAUCAACUGUUUUAAUUUUGAUACAUUUAUACUACAUAAAUAUAUAUACAUAUAAUAUAUAUAUACAUAUAUAUAUAUAUAAAUACAUGAAUAUAUACAGUAUACUUCUGUAUUUUUAUGUAUACACAUAUAUCUAUAUAUCUAUAUAUAUAUAAAGUUUAUAGUUUCUUUAGUGGAUUUAAUUAUAUUUAAUUUUUGAAGCUAUAGGAGCUAUAUACAUUUAAGGAGAGACAGAUAGAUAAAUAGAGAGAGAGAGAGAGAGAGAGUGAGGGAGAGAGUGAGGGAGAGGGAGAGAGAGGAGGAGAGAGGGGGAGAAACAGAGAGGUGGGGAGUGAGAUAGAUAAACUGACAGAGAAACAGACAUACGGAGAGAGAGAGAAAGAGAAAGAAAAAAAACAAAUGUGCAAAGGAAAUAGCUAAAUUAAGAUGGCUGAAUAGAUUAGUUAGGGAACUUAUCACUUUUAUCUAAACGGAGCUUUUUAAGGAGACUGAGAAUAUUAAUCUGCCUAGAUUUUCUAUUUAAAAAAAUAACGAAGAAAACAGUGUUAAUUUCCUAUUCGCUUGAAAAUGAGAUUAAGGUCGUUUAGGAGUGGUAGUUUUAUCCUUAAAUUUGGUACAUUCUUAUUAUUCAUCGAGCUAUUCUAUGUCAUUCAUUUAAUAAUCUCAAAUAUUGUUUGGACCGAUAUGGACGGUAAUAUUCUCUUCUUGAUGUUAAAUAAAGAACACAGAAUCGAUCGAUUUUUAAAGUCGUAUGAAGGAGAUUGCGAAAUUUCGCUUAGGAAACAGAAUUUGCGAAAAAAUACUACGCUAUGCGAUUGUCUACCAUCUGUGACAGAACAUAAAAUCACCAUAAAUACAGCUCGCACCCCAACAUGGAAUGAAAUUGCUAAUAAAUAUAAUAAGACUUUAUCUUCUAAGGGGGAAUAUAAACCAAACGAUUGUGAACCUCUCCAAUCAGUCGCUAUCAUAAUUCCCUAUAUGAAACGUGAUAGUCAUUUAAAAAUACUAAUAAAUCAUCUUCAUUUCAUACUACCCCGGCAAAAAAUUCAUUAUAGGAUUUUUGUUAUUGAACAAAAUAGCCCUUCCAUUUUUAACAAAGCUGCAAUUAUGAAUAUUGGAUUUGUUGAAGCAGGAAAGCUAUUCAAUUUUACUUGUUCCAUAUUCCACGAUGUUGAUAUGCUAGCUGAAGAUGGUAGGAAUAUGUAUAAUUGCCUUUAUUCGCCAAGGCAUAUCGGUAGCCAUGUAAACAAGUAUGGCUAUAGACUUUUCUAUAAUGAACUUAUUGGAGGUGCAUUAGCAAUAACGCCCAAACAUUUUCGACGUGUUAACGGAUAUUCCACAUCAUUUUACGGCUGGGGAGGAGAAGAUGAUGAUAUGAAAAAUAGAUUGUCUGCUCAAAGUCUUAAGAUAACAAGAUUUCCCAAGGAAAUAUCCAGAUUUACAAUGCUUAAGCACGAACAAGACAAGCACAAUCCGACAAACAAGUUCCGACGUAGCGCAGUCGACACUAGGAAAUUAGUGUACGAAAAGGAUGGACUGAAUUCAUUAAACUAUUCAAUAGUUGAAACACGAGAGAGAUCUUUAUUUACUCUAAUAAAGGCUAAUUUGUACAUAUCUCAACACAAUCAAUUUAAUAAGAUUAAGGGUAGUUGUAAAGAAACAAGAUAUUUUCUUACCAAAUCCAUAUCUACGGACUCAAUUGAAGAUUGCUCAAUACUAUGCUAUAACGAUCAAAGAUGUUUAUCGUUUGAUUUUUAUGCUAAUUAUUGUCGAAAGCAUUUCAAACCAUGCGUAAUUGAGGACUCAAACAAAGAGAAUCGUUAUGUGUAUGAUAAGAAAGAAAAAAGUAAAUAUUUAAAGUAUUUCAUCUAUGAACAAAUAGACACGUUUACGUGUGUACAAAAUAGAAUGGAAACAUUCGGUCUAUAAAAUAGACUUUACUCUUUUCAGUAUCUUCUAUUCAAGUUGCCUUCAAUAUGAAAUUAGGGAUUUGUAAAUCAAAGACUAUGGGUUUUACCGAAUACUCUUUACACGAAUGUGCUCGCCUCUGCCAAAAUGAUUUAAAAUGCCAUGCAUUUUCUUAUAAUUUCAAUCCUGAUAGCGAUCAACCCCUCUGCCAAAGGAAGAGUAAACAAUGCUCCGAUUUACAAUCUUCUUCAGACUUUUAUACAUUCUCUCGAAAAUCGUUUGUCAAGUAUUAUUUAGAUAGUGAUAAAAUCUAUUACAUCACUCAGGGUGAUUGUUAUGGCAAUGAUCUCAUUCCAGCGUUUAUCUCGUAUUCUGUUGACUACUGCGCAAGUAAUUUUUCUAUUCCAUAUGAUACUAUUUCUAUUUUUGACAUUUUUUAUCUUUCCUCCUACAAGUUAAAUGUUGGAAGAAUCGUGGCUGUCUAGGAUUUGUCUUCUCUAAUCAGAACUGUUACCUAAAAAGAAAAGUUUGUGAUUCUCAAACACGAGAUAUUGAAUCACACUUUUUUAUUAAGUUAACAAAAGGAUUAACAGAAGAGUGAAUAGGAAUAGACAAAGACAAUGAUGAAAGAGUGAAUAAAGAGGAUAGAAAAUAGAAGAGAAUUAAACGUUAGUUGAGGACAUUCUUCUAGGAAAUUGAAAUAUUUAAAAAAAAUAUUGUUAUUAAAAAAAAUCAUAAAGAUGUUUAUGUUCAAUGUAAUAUACUUAUUGGUGCAUGCAGCAAUUAUUCAAUAUCUCUCAAUAUAUCUUUUUUCCGCUUAAAAUAUGACGCAUUACUUAAUAAGAUAUAAUAGCACGAUUGUCACAGUAUAAACGUAACUAUAAGUUAAAUGAAGAAUGUUGGAUCGUGUGAAAAAGAUAGACAGAUAGACAGAGAGAGAGAGAGAGAACGAAAGAAAAAACAACAGAGAAAGCAUUAGAAAGGGGAAAUAGUUUAUAAAAUAAUUUUUCAAACUGUCUAAACUAUCUUUGUCACUUUUUGCUAGUCGAUUUUUGUUCUUGUUUAUAAAAACUAAGAGAACAUUAAGAGAAGAGAAGAGAAGAGAGAGACUGAUUUAGAAAAAGAGAUAAAAAAUUAGUUUUUUUGUUGUUUCUUUUUUUAACAGUGAACGCUUUAUAUCUAGAAAACUCUGCUUUAAAUCUGAAUGAUAUAUGGCAGUUUGUCUACUAAGUAAUCUUAGAAAAAAAAGCGAGAAAGAGAGAGAGAUAUAUAUGCUCGGAUGUGAGAUAAACGGUAAACAAUGCAAAAGUAACUACGUAGUAAAAAACAGGCUCAUGCCUGAACUCAACUAUAACGUCUUACAAAUUUAUAAUGUCUGACAUGUUUACGAUAAUACAUCUGCUAUAUAGAAUUGUACUUAUGCCGGGUAUUUAAUUGUUAACUGUACAUCGAAGCAUUAGUUGUCAAAUUGAACCAUGGAUAUGGAAUAUAAUUAAAGCAAUGACCAUAAUUUAAAAAGUGAAACGCUGAAAAUUUUUUACUAAAAACACGCACAUAUGUUGAAAAAAAUUCAAUAUCCGUAUGGUGUUUGGUGCAUACUUACUAUAUAUACAUACAAGUAUACUUUGUACACCUUGUCUUCACUUUCAAUAAAUAAUCAAUGAAUAUUGAAACAAGAAAAUUAGGAUACUGACACGAGUACUAGAAAAAUAAUCUGCCUUAUUACGUAAUAGAAACAGGCUUUAAAAAGCCUUUAGAAGGAGAUCAAUAAAACAGACUUAGUUAGACAGUUUAUGAUAAAUUUGCUAGUAAAAUAUUUCAAUGUACUUGAACUUUGCUAUCGUA